AUGUCAUCCAAAUCUUCGGCCAUGGCUCCAUCCGACUCAUUUACGUAUUCACCAUCGUCACGACCUCCAGAAUCCUCAUCUAAAGGCUUUCGCUACAUAAUAUUGUUCUUGACCAUGGCUUGUCUAACUUCGAUUUGCUCCAACAUGGUCGCGUUUAAUGUUACCAUGCUAUGUAGUGACAAUGGUAAUAUGACAAGGGUUGUGACAGAUAAAGAGGCACAGAACAAGAAUACGAUGUCAUUGUGGGCCGUAUCUGCUGGUAGUAUAUUGGCCACAGCACCUUUCAAUUGGUUGUACAGUCGAUUUGGUGCUAGAUGGGUGUUUUUUGGUGCUGGUAGGUAUAUAAUAGUUACCUGGAAAACCAACUUCAAAAAUUACUAAAUGGUCUUGGCUAGCAAGAUAUAAGCUUACAAUUAGUUAUUAGUGUUUGUUAUGAAGAGAGUCAACUAAAUUUUACUUUUUUUAUUAAUUUUAGGUAUAAUUUCAACUGUGAGCACCGUGCUAAUCCCAGCAUCUUCUGACCUUAACUUUUACACGUUUAUUGUCGUCCGAUUCUUUCAGGUAACAUUUUUUUAAUUUUUUAAAUUCAUCCUUUUUUAAAACGUCAUUAUAGUACAGUGGAACUCCUGUAUAACGAACAAAUUUACAGACACCGAGCGAUUCGUUAUACAGCUGUAUAUUUUUAAUUUCACAUUUGUCAACUUUGGCAGCCUAUUAUAAUAUAAUACUGAUAACGAUGACCUAUUAUAGUAUGAUAAUAAUAAGUUUUUUAUUUCUAGGGCGUAGCAUUUGGAGCGAAUUUCGCUGCCAUAGGCAUGGUUUGUUCAAGAUGGGCCGCUUUGACGGAAAAUGGUUUCUUCUUGUCCGCGAUGACUAUAUUCUCUCAAGUUUCGGUUAUCAUUACAAAUCCUGUCUCUGGAUUCGUGAGUUUUAUUAUGUUUAAAAUUUCACAUAAUCGUCCCUACCGUAUUUUACCAUACCCUACCUUACUUUAUCCUACCACACCCUGCCCUACACUAACGUGAUUUAUCCUUGACCUCCCUACUUUAUAUUAAUCUACCCUUCCCUGCCCUAUUCUAUCCCACCUUACCUUACUCUAAGCGUAGCUACGGUACCCUGUUAUACCCUACCCUCCCUAUCCUAAUUUGUCUUGUCUCUGAUCCCCCAACCUUAUACUAAUGUACUAUGCCCUUCGGCCUACAGUAACUAUUAUAUUAUACAUUUUAUCUGACCGUAGCCUGUUUCAUCAUUUCCUACCCUACUCUACUCUGCCCUACUAUAUACUACAAUACCUUUUCCUAUCCCGCCUUAACUUACCCUAUAAUGACCUGUUUCAUCAUGACCUACCUUAUCAUACCCUUACGACUCAUUACGUUUUACAAUAAUUGUUUCAGCUCUGCGUCUCCCCUUUGGGCUGGCGUUCAGUUUACUACUUCCAUGCUGGGGCUGGUCCAAUUCUCUUUGGACUGUGGAUAUGGUUGUACACGGACUACCCAGAGUCUCAUAAGUCAGUAAAUGACAGAGAAAAAGAUAUCAUAAUGAAAGGAAAAGACACAGAUAAACGAGUUUUGGACGGGUUCUUGCCUUAUAAGGUAAGAAAUAUUACCUUUUUAUAUGAAAUUGUUACCUAAUUUUAAAAAUUUUAAAUUUUUUAAAUAAUGAGUAACAUAUGUUCUGGAUUUUUUUGACUAAAUUUAUACCUAAAAAUAAGUUUUUACCACUCUAUGGCCAAAAAAAUCAAAAAUCGUAACUUUACCAAAAUUCUAGGCGAUUUGUACCAAUAAAGUGGUCCUAGUGGUAUGGUUCAACGCAUUUGGUGACAUUAUAUCAGCCAUUUUCUUACUGACCUACUUCCCCACCUAUUUGAAAGACGUGCUCGGGUAUUCAUUGGAAACAGCUUCUGUACUGAGCAUGUUCCCAGCCAUUUCACAUGUACCAGCCAAACUCUUCUUCGGAUGGGUCUUUGACAAGUUACAGUAGGUUUUUACUGUGGUUUUGCAGGACACAUACCCUACUCUGUCUUACUUUACCCUACUCUACACUACCGUAUCAUAUCCUACUCUACUAUAACUUACUCUACCCUACCCUGCCUUAUAUUAACCUAUCCAACCCUAUCUUACCCUACCCCACACUACCGUACCCCGUAUUACCAACCAUAACCCUCGCAGUACAGUACAUAAGAAGUACUAUGUAUACUUUAAGAUGGAUUUCCGAAGUGAAUAAGAUGCGAAUUUGUAAUACGGUAGCCCUCAUGGGAUCAGCGAUAUUAUUCAUUGUGGUUGGUUUCAUACCUAAUUCUAUGGCCGGAUGGUCAGUGGCUUGUACCACCUUGAACUACGCCUUUAUUGGUGCCAAUUGUGGUGGAUUCUAUAAAUGCGGGUCGUUGGUGUCACGGUAGGCUUAGAAUGGCUUUUUGGGGCAUUUUAAUUUUUUGGGCGGGGUAAUUUUUAAGAGGGUCGAGUUUUCAAUUUUUUGAAAAUUUUUGAAAUUUCGAAAAAUUCAAAUUUCAGCCAAUACGCCCACUUUGUCAUAGCCAAUAUCCAAUUCCUCAAGUGUAUAUCACUGUUCGUAUCUCCCCUAAUGGUAUACAUAUUUGUAUCCGACCAGUCGAGUCGAGAUCAAUGGAGAAUCAUCUACCUUAUCAUGGCCGCCUUCCUGAUCAUUGGCAACGCUUUAUUCAUGUAUUACGUCACAGACCAGCCGGCUGACUUCACUAAUAUCACUAAACAGAAUUCGAAGGAAUCAAAGAGCAAAAGUAGCAGUGAUUCGAUUGAAAAUGGCACCAAAUCAGACUGA